AACAUACUCUGUCUCUACGCGUCCUCUCUGUAACUCUCUCUCUUAGUUGUCAAUUACUCUCUCUCAAGCAAUCAGAAUUCAAGUUUUGUUUUUCUUUUUGUUGGUAGUUUUAACCUAAAAAGAUUCGAAGAAAAACUCAAAUGGGUCUUUGCGUAUCUGUUGGUCGUAGCGAGUGCGAUUCUUCUCCGACGGCUAAAAUCGUGACGGUUAACGGCGAUCUCCGGGAAUACAAUGUCCCGGUGAUAGCUUCACAGGUUCUCGAAGCGGAAUCAAUGGCUUCCUCGUCUUCCUCCUCCUCUCGGUCUUCUUCUUAUUUUCUAUGUAAUUCGGAUUCUCUCUAUUACGACGACUUCAUCCCGGCGAUCGAACCGGAGGAGAUUCUUCUAGCGGAUCAAAUCUACUUCGUUCUCCCUAUCUCUAAACGUCGGUACCGUCUCACGGCGUCCGACAUGGCGGCUCUGGCGGUGAAAGCCAGCGUCGCGAUGGAGAAAGCUGCGAAGAAUAAAAACCGCCGUCGUAAGAGCGGGAGGAUCUCUCCGGUGAUGGGGAUGAAUCAGCCUAACGAACGGAUCGUCGCCGUUAAUAGAAGUUCGACGACGGUGAUGCAAAUUAAGGGAAACCUACCGAUUAAAACGACGCAGUUUAAGAGUACUACAAUCGGUUAUUCCCGGUCCGGUUCGGUACGGCAAUUGAAAAGAUAUGCGUCUGGGAGAGCUAGGAAGCUUGCGGAUCGAUCGAUUAAAAGAGUACUGUCAACAAUCCACGAAGAAAACAUAUUUUAGAUUUCUAAGAAUACAUUUUUUAUUUUAAUUUUUGUUGUUGUUACGGAAAUUAUUGUUAAUGUUUGAAAUGGAAAAAAAAAACUCUCUGUAAAUUACAGUGUUCAUUUGUUUCUGUGAUAUGAUAUUUUCCCGUUUGGUUGUCA